CAAGUACCGCGACGUGUGCGCGGCGGCAACCGACGACCGGCUGUCCAAGGAGCGCACGCGCGGCCCGGCUUCCCCGAGCUCGGGGCUGGCGGCAAGCAAGCCGCGCGCAGCAACCGGCCCACGUUUGUCGACAUGGACGGCGCCGCGCACGCGCGCCAGCGCAGUAUGGUUGAAGGGUUCUUCUCGAGGGAGGCGUUGGAGGCGGUGGAGGCGCUGAAACCGUAUAUCCAGCGCACGGUGGAUGGGUUGUUGGAGCAGAUGGUGGCUGAUGGGGAGCGGCCGGUCGAUCUCGUCGAGGCUGAGUUUUCUUUCUCUCUGAGCCAGCCCCAUUGUUGUUGUGUUUCCACUGCGCGCUACAAGUGCUUAUUUCUCGCCUGCCAGAACCCUCCUCGACUACUGGCACGCCUCGUUGACAAGCGAUCGCAGCAGCCCAAGAACGACCUGAUCACCAGCCUGGUCGAGAAGCAGGCCAAGUCGGGCCACCUCGACAAGGCCGAGGCCGUGCAGAUAGCGUUUCUGUUGCUCGUCGCGGGCAACGCCACUAUGGUCAACAUGAUUGCGCUGGUGAGGCUUUACUGCUUGUUGUCCCGCCAAUUCAAACCCCUAGACAGUGUGAAACUGACCAUCCACAAACCAGGGCGUGGUGACGCUGCUGCAGCACCCGGCGCAGCUGCGAUCCGGCGGGCGGCCAAGGAGGACGUCGAAAUCGGCGGCAGGACGGUGCGGGCGGGCGAGGGCAUCAUCGCGUCGAACCAGUCGGCGGACCGCGACGAGUUUGUGUUCGACGACCCCGACGUCUUCGACAUGCACCGCACGUGGCGCGACGGCGAGGGCGCGCUUGGUUUUGGGUUUGGCGCCCACCGCUGCAUCGCCGAGACGCUGGCUAAGGCGGAGCUAAUCGCUGUGUUUUCCACGCUGUUCAAGCAGCUGCCAGACCUCGAGCUGCCGACGGACAUCGACAGGCUGGAAUACACACCGCUGACAAAGGACGUGGGCAUCCAGAAGCUGCUAGUGGCGUGGUGAGAGAGAGCUAGGGGCACUUGAAGUUGUAUCGAUGUCCAUUUCUUUUUUUGUUUUUGGGAGAUUUUGGAGACGGGAUGACAAGUUAAGAUUCAUCUUCGAAAAAG